AUGGAAGUAAAGCCCUGCCUGGUGGUUUUCCUCGCGUGCCCCCGAGCCAGAGGCACCAACCCGGCAGAGGGAAACCUCGCUGUAGGAGACCAGCACCUCCAAGAUAAGAUGAGAACCCUUCCUCGAAGGCGGACGCGGUGGAGCAUCCCCUCCCGCGGAUGGCCCCGCUGGGGGCCCCCUCCGGGCCCCCCUCCCGGCGGUCGUCUGAGGCAUCCCCUGAGGGAUCCCAGUAAAGGACACACAGAGGGCCCCCCGGGAGGGUCCGUGGGAGUUAAUCUGCGAGUUCCUGAGGAGCCCCUCGAGAGACCCCAUGAGAGGCCAUGCGAGGAUUCUUCUGAGGAACCCUCUCACGGACGGCGUGAGGGACAACGUGUGAGGGACCCCCUGAGAAGCCCCCCGGAGGAAUACCAUGACGGGGCCCGGAUGGACACAGGGAGGCACCCUGUUGACAUGGAGAACUCCAGGACAAAAGAUAGCUACACUAUAGGAGAAGAAAGUCAAAUUUAUCCAGUCUGCAUCCUUGACACUUACUGCAUAGAAGGGCAGGAGCUACAAAAGAUCCUACUGCUGAGGAGCUGCAAGAUCUCCCUGUUCUUGUUUUCUCUCAGGGGACAAUUAAUUACAGCUCUAAACAAAGUUUCACAAGCUUUGUGACAAACAUGUCUGCAGCUCCAUAAUCUGUGUGGAUUUAAUCAGUAUUAUUAGCAUUCUUCCAUCAUGGCUUGGCAAUCCUUUGAUAAUCAAGAUGGAAAUUUGGUAUGCAGCACAAAACAACAAAGGCCAAGAGCUCUUGGGAUGCUGUUGUCAGAUGGUGUAGUGCCAGCUGGAAUGUGUCUCUGACAAUCACACAAAAUCCAGCCCAAGAGUAUUUGGAAUGGGAGAAAACUGAGCAGGGAUACCAGGACCAAAGCGGUGUAGACUCCUUCUGCUGUACAGGGAGUAAAUAUAAAUGAGAAAAUGGGAUACUGCACUGACAAAGCUUCCAGAGGAGAGCUAAAGGAAUAUACUGUUGGAGGCUUGGGAACAAAGACCUUCACUCCAAAUAUUGAUCAGGAGGAAUUUCUUCACUGAAAGGUAGUGUAGCAUUUGGAUGGACUGCCCAGAGAGAUGUGUUCAGAAAUGGACAUG